AUGGGACUCAAAUUGAGCACGAACAAUCAACCGCGUAUGCGGACCUAUUCGGCAAGUACUCCUGGAUCCAGCGCUGGUGUUAGCUCGGACGGGACGGCUCGCUCCGCUGCCCAGGCGGCCAGGGCUCGAGCCCGCAGUCUGGUCAGUUUUCCGAAUGGGAAUUCAGGAUCGCUUAGUAUUCCUGGAACUUCUGGUGGCUUGCAUCGUGGAAGUACCCCAGACUCUGAUUCUAGUUCACCCGGGGACGAGCGUGGCGGGGCAGUUCUUUUUCAGGGGCGUCCAUUUACGCACUCGCUGCCUGUACAUCUGUUCUCCUUGCAAGGUAUCAAAUGUCCAGUCUGCUCCAAGCAGAUAGCCUCCGACGACAUUGAGUACCAUCUCGUAUUGUGUCUGACCAAACCACGUAUUAAUUAUAAUGAGGAUGUGCUGUCAGAGGACAAGGGCGAGUGUGUUAUCUGUUUUGAGGAGUUAACACAAGGUGAUACCAUUGCUAGGCUACCCUGCCUGUGUAUAUACCACAAAGGGUGUAUCGACAAAUGGUUUGAAAUCAACAGAUCUUGCCCCGAACACCCGGCAGAUUAG